AUGAAUUCAAAAGAAGAUCGUGAGAAAGCGCGAAUAACAAUCGUCGAGUUGCACAAGAAUGGCAAGAAGCCUCAAAAAAUCAUGAAAGCUACUGGAUACAAGAAGGACAUGGUCUACAAGGCUUUGAAACGUUACAGAGAGACCGGUGGAAUUACAGAUCGAAAGGGUAGAGGUCGUCCGGCAACAGUAACUACGCCACAAAACUUUAACAAGCUGCGAUGCCGGAUUCGGCGCAAUCCCGAAAAAUCGAUGCGAGACAUGGCAAAAAAGUUGAAUCUUGGUCGGGAAAGUGUUCGAUUGAUGAUCUGCAAGAAGCUUAAACUUGUUCCAUACAAAAUUGCCCGGGCACACUUCUUGGACGAUCCUAUGAAAGCAAAGAGACUACAGCGAGCGCGAGUG